CGAACAUUCGCGCUUAGAAAUGUGCCGAUUCCGACGAAAUAGAAUCUAACGCUUCAGUCGGCGCAGCGAUCAUGUCGCGAGAGGUGCCUCGACGCGUGCUACUCUUUUCCUUAGCCUUGCUACUUUCAGCCUUUUGCAAGUAUCAGGAUCUCCUCGCGGAAGCAACCUCCACGCCUGACGAUUGUUCCAAGCUCGAUAUCGCCGGGCUCGAGGACUAUUUGUCGAAUCUCGAGAACGCGACGAUCGAUACGACGAUCCCGGAGUCCGAAUGCCCGGCCACGGCGUUGCCCUUCGGCGCUCUGAAGUCAGAUUGGACGAGACUGCUUCUCUUGAAAGGGGCACAACCCCAGGAUUCGAUCCUACAGGAGAAACUCGAUCGUAUUUUUGGAAUCUUGGCGAUCGCUUACUCCCAAACCGACGGCCAUUUCGAUAUCGCGAAAUCCGUCUGUCGAGCUGCGAGCAGCACCGCUGCCCCGUCUGCGUACGAGAGCGAUAACUCGGAGGAGAAAUCGGAGGAACUCGGCGAAACGACGACGGAUUCGAGGAAAAUGCAUGAAAUUCCGGAAAGUUCUGUUUCAACCAUCGCGACCGAAAUCGAACGGGCCGCGUUCACGAGUCCCUAUGUAACGGGAGAAGAAAGUAAACGCGAGAAGUCUGUUGGAAUGCAUAACGACGGUUCUUCAACAGUCCCAUCUUCACCUGUUGGCAACUCGACUAGCGAACGAAUCGACGCGGAAGAGAAGAGAAUCGUCGAGACGUUCGUAACUGGUGAAACGUUGGAUAAUAAUUUGGACAAUAACAAGAACAAUGGAGGGCCUUUGUCAGUGAACUUUGUUACAAAUGAUUUUAUACAAGAUGAGAAUAUUUAUAACAAUACCGAACAUUUUACUUCCGAUAUUUCUGGAACGACGACGGCCAUGUUGGAAAACGAUUCACAGGAAACUCAAGGUAUCGACGAAGAAAGACACGGUUAA